UCACGUUUGCUAGUUGUUCUUCAAAACAACAUCAACGAAAACGUAUGACAUUAUCGUGCUGCGAUAAGAUUGCAUUGAAAAAGUUUAUUGGAAAUAUUUCACGAGAAUGCGUGCCGUCAGUAGCUGAUGGAACAAUUACAGCAAUAGACGCUAGUUGUGAUCAUGGCAAACCAGAAGUUUGGCGAACAAUCGGGUAAGGCGUCACAGGUUGAGCGGAAUGAAGACAGCCCCGACAUUUCGGCAAAGGAUAUAAUCCAAGGUAUCAAGGGACUGAACUUAAACAGCUAUGCCACGCGCAAAUCGAUUGCACAGGGCAUGCUCGAUCUUGCAUUGCUAACUGCCAAUGCAUCACAGCUGAAGUACAUUCUCACUGUUGGCGAGACGCAUCAAUUCUAUCAUUUGCUGUUAGUGUUAAUCAUUGUGUCUAUUUCGCUACAGAUAUUCCAAGCCCUUCUCAUCAUCGUUCUGGCAGUUGUUUUUGAUAUCAACAAAGUGGAAGAGCAGAAACGUACUGAUAUCGUAAAUAAUAUUCUUAUUGCGUUUACAGUAAUCAGUGUUGUAGUGAAUGUUAUUAUCAGUGCCUUUGACAUGAAGUCACAAACAGACAUUCUGAAACAAAGCUGAUCAUGCUUGAAAUAGCAUCAUUAACUCAACUGAUUGUAAUCAUAAAUAAAACAACGAACAAAAGUGCUAUUUACCUCUUGUAAAA